GUCCUCCCUGUUAGUCCGGUUUUUAUCUGCGCGCUGUUUCCAAGCAAAAUCAGACGGGCAACACUGUAAACACACCACAGUGCUCGACAAACACUGCAGAUGUUUUGCUUUAGGCCGUUUUUCUCGCCAUACGAGCUAAACGAUGGACGAUAUGUACCACUAUCCCGUUUUCUUCGCGUGUCACAACCUGCCUGGGGCGCAGAUAAAAAAAAUAGAGACUUAUUUCCAGAUUCGCCGGCGAUCAGGCGGCGGAGACUGCGGACCAUUGAGGCGUGUGAAUGAUCAAGGCUACAGCGUUGCUUUCAAAUAUGAGAAAGAUCAGCAGGCAGUCCUGCAGAGAUACGAGCAUGUCGUGGAGCUUGCAGAUGGUUGUCUGGUAUUCACUGUACGAGGCAGCCUGGAUCCCCCCUCCUCUCCCAUCACCACCUCCACUGCAAGUCUUGAUUUUACAGCUCCAGUACAGAGCCCACAGUCCAUUCCUGCUUCAACUCCUCCACCAAGUGGUGGAAACUAUGAACUACAACUUGACCCUUACCUCCUUCGUUACCUAAAGGAAAGCCACAACGCUGGGAAAGGACUAGAGAAAGAACUCUCUUCUGUGGCCUGCUCUGCCAAGCUUUACCCAGAGGAUGAGAGGGCUUUAGUUAGGUGCUUAGCUCAACCUGGUGCAGAAGACGAAGUUAGAAACUGGAAAGCUGAAGUAGACAAAGUUUUUGAUGGAUAUCUGUGCCACUAUGAGGUUGACCCUCACAAAGUUAAAGCUUUGCUUCAGUCCUGCAGCUCCCGUCAGGUCACAGAUGAGGUGAAGGUGUACAGCGAGGUUGGGAUGGCUGUUGUUGUUGGGAAAC